ACACUGUGUCAACACGAUGAAACAAUCCUGGACGUAGUGAACGAGACUGAAAGAUCGUUUUCAAAAAGUACAGUUCUCUCCUCGAAUGUCGCAACGCGUAAAGACUUUAAUCUAAUUUAAUAUCGUUUCUAUUCGUGCAUCGAAUUUUUUUUCGUUCUCACGACUCGGAUGACACUUCGUUGGAUUUGAAGGAACAAAGAUGGUGGACGUAACAACGGCUCCACCAUCCAGUGGCGGAGCGUCCCUAAUUGGACGCACCAGAGGUGCACUCAGGUCUGUCAGGUCUGCGUUAGGAGGCAGCGGAGAGUAUCUUCAGGGUCUUGGUAGCAGAAUAGGGUCCGUUCUAAGUAGCAGUUUAGAAGAAAGUGAAUUGACCACGACCCCGUCGACACCGCCCUCGUCGCCACAAGCACCACCUCAGACUGCCAAGUCGGAAGAACCAUUGGCUAGGAGGAAAUUAAGGCUCCCAAAAUUCGGGGCAGGGCUGUCCUACGAAGAUUACGAGGCGAUGGCGAGGCACAAAUUGGAGCGUCAGGGUAGCGUCACCGCCAAUAUGUCGCGAUGCAUGAGGAAAUAUCCUCCGGGCAUGACCUACGAGGAAAUAGCCUCGUCGAGGUCCGCUGGAACUCGAAGGCAGGAGAAUAAAAUCGAGCCUGAAGAUAAGAGCCCGGACAGGGACAGUCUGGAGAGCAUAGAACCUCUUCAGGAAACAGAUAUCAAAGCCACGGGGCCUGACCCGUUUGAGAAAUUGAACUACAAAUCAGCAAGGGCCCCGACCCGCUAUCAGACGGUCGUUUUUCGUUUAGAUAUACAUUGUAGCAGUGACUCGAUGAGCGAUCAGGAUGGCUACGGUCCUAGCACGAGCCUGGAUUCCAACAUGGACGGCCGUAGAUUAUGGCAAAGAUCGGAUUCAUCUGGAUCUGUUCAAUCUUGGGCUUCCAGUUUAUCAGCCGACAGUCAAUCCGAGGAAGCAGCUGCGGAUUUCAUGAAGACCUUCGUGCCUCUUUUAUUCGACGCCCCAAGUACUAUUGAUCAGGAGCAGAAAGCAAGUUUCGGCCAAAUGGUCCUUACAGAAUCCGGCAGGAUAUGGUUCUCUCGUGUGGUGAACGCAAGGAGAGCUCGACCAUGCGUAACAGAAGCUUCGUUUUACUCUUUGGCGCAACAUUUUGCAGUGGCGCUUUUCGAAUGUCACGAAGCGGACGAUUUCGCGCCUGCCAAGAGUCUCAUGAACAUGUGCUUCACAUUUUACCACGAAGUUGAAGUACCAGGAUUGGAACCAUAUCGUGAAUAUUUGUACACACAUUUGAGAGUUCAACCAAUAUGGACGUCAAUGAGAUUUUGGACGGCAGCUUUCUUCGACGCAGUACAGUGUGAAAGAGCUUCUAGACCAGUUCCUCCAAGACCUAAAUCACUAGAUCAGGAAGCCAUUGCUGCUGAAGACCGUAGAUUUCAAGCCAAUAUUGUCUUUGGACAGUUGGGGACAUUUACCUGUAAUAUGCACGCCUUUGGUCUCUCGCGUACACUAUGUCUAGAAUUUCUUAGGAAGCAGUGCGUAAUUGCGAAUCUAACGAAAGAGCAAGAAAAGAUGCUACGUGAUAACAUAGAGAGAAUGUUCGACGAAACGGAGCCUUGGCGGUAGUUUUGCUCAACAUCGAUCGAACAACUCGUGAAAAGAUUUUGUUCGAGAGGUAUUCAGCUACUUCGUAACAAGUCAUAAGGGAAAAAAUCACUGCGGCGUUGUCAAUUAAAAUAAGAAAAGUCCAGUGGAAUAGGAAACGUACGAAGGAAAGGAAAAAAAAAGUCAAUUCUAUCAAGAAAUUAAUACCAAAACGUGUAUGGUUGUGAUUCCAUUCUGACGCAGCUGAAUUAAAAAACAAUGUAAAUCGAGAAUUUCCAGAUGUAAAGAC